GCUGACCAGGCUGGCCCUUUCCCUUGCAUCCCCCCCGCCCCCUCCCCUCGAACCCCCGGCGGCUGGCUGCGCAACCCGAUCCCGAUCCCGAUCCCGAUCCCGGCAGUGACUGAUAGAGUGAUAGAUUGCUCCUCUACUUGUAUCGAUCGACGGCGCAAGUGCUCAAGACCAAGAGCGUGGAGGCAUCCAUCUCAAGGUGAGCGAUGGAUGCGCCCCUGCCUCCGCCUGCUUACGCCGAUGGCGAGCAGACGGACUUCGUCCUCAUCGAGAAAUUCGGCUACCUGGUCGACCGCCAAGACGCCACCACCGCCACCUGCGUCCUGCAGGGCCCCGACAUCAAGGGCAGCAUCAAGGUCACAUUUUGCGCCGCCUGCCCUCCGCGCGUCUCCUACUUUUGCGUCCACGCCACCGAGUACGAGCACGCCGACUUCGACCUCCACCCGACCAUCCUGGCUACGGAGGGCCCUCUCGUCCUCCUCAGCGUCAUGCUCCCCAGUCGAUCCGACAUCUUCCAUCCCGAGAGGAAAGAGUAUUUCGUCUACCAGGCUGCCACCAAGGACCCCGAGGGAAAGGGGAAGAAGGUAAGCCACCCGUCACUCAAGCACCUCCCUAAUCCUGGCCGCCAUCACGAAUUUGAGGAAGCCUCGGCUGCCCUCUUGCGAACCUGCAGCAAGCAUCGCCAAGCCGCCACCAACCAUGACCACUUGCCCCAUCUCCCCCAUGGAGUCACUCUGCGCCCUCGGAGCUCCAGCCGCUUGACCCCGCGCCCUCAUAGCUCCAGUGGAUACAUUCUGCAACACCAUGGAGCCAACAAGGAGGAGCACAACUGCGAGGCAUGCCAAUUCGUCAUCGCCGCAAAACGUUCUGCGCGUGUCAGAAGGACACAACAUGAGCUCUGCCUCUAUCACUCAGAGAAGGAGGCCUGGAGCAUCAAGACGGCCAUAGUAUUGGGGAAUGGUCCAUACAAUCACCAUUGGACAGACAAAGCAAUCACCAUUGGAGGAGAUAAUGGUGUGGUCGCAUGGGUCAAUCUUGCUCGGGAUAUUCUCUUCUGUGACGUGCUUGCUGAAACCCCCAUACUUUGCCCCAUCGAACUGCCCCUGCUGAUCCCGGAGAGCGAGGGAGUUGGGACCGGUGAUCCAAGAUGCAGUCGGGAUGUUGCCAUUGUCGAUGGUUUCAUCCACUACACCCAGCUGCAGAUUCGAAUUGUUCCGGGCUCGUUCACAGAAGAUGGAACCGUCACAUUCGAUGGCUGGAAAGCUACCAAAUGUAGCAUGGCAAUUGACACCCGUUCGCUGCCUGUGGCUGAGAAACCUUGGCAGCACACGGGCCUCGAGCUCGAUUCCUCGCAGAUUUCAAAGUCACUGCCAAAUCUGCUGGUCGAUGAGGGUACCAUAGCAUUCGAGAGACUACACAUUGGCCUACCCACCCUGAGCCUGAGCCCGCAAGAAGACGACAUUGUUUAUUUCCUCGCCAAGAUCGACUACCGGGACAUGGAACGCACAGCAUAUGUGCUUGCUGUUGACUUGAGAAAGAAGAUGAUAAAGAGCAUUGCUGAGUUUGGAGCCAAAAACACAAUUGGUUUAGGCCAGGCGUAUGUUGCAAGUAGCCUCUCCAAAUAUCUCAAAAUUGCUCCAGGUACAAAGCAAAAGAAGAAACGAAGAGGGAAGACGCCCCAGGGAUCCUCUAGCAAGAAGAAGCAUCCUGGAGGAGUCUCCACCGUAACUUGUCUGAGUGGCUCAGAAGUGGAUUAUAUGGCUUUAGAAUAAGUUUGGGGAUUAUAAAGGGUAGUGAACUAGCAUGUUUCAUCCUUUGUUUUUGCCAGGGGUUUAUUUAUCUUAGGUUUAUUUAUCUUAGGAUGAACCUGUGACGUCC